UAAUAGUUGAACCUUAAUUGACAGACCGUAUACUUUAAAAUAACAUAAAAUUGAGAAAAAUCAAAAACUGUUUAUCAAUUCCACGGCAUUGAUCGUAUCUCGAUUUGCCAAGCCAGGGAAAGAAAUCUACGUCAUUCGUAAUACGAGCGGAGAAUCGAAAUAAACUGCAUUUGUGACGUCACAGAAGAAGUUGAAUUUUUCAACGAAGAGGAGUGAACGCCACCCAUCGGAUGAUUUUCCAAUGACGGACGACCACCAAACAAGCGUAUUCAUGAACGCGAACGGAGAAACCAAUGAUAAUCAUGCCGACACGGCGAGCGGCGGAAGACUUCUUUCAACGUCAGGAGAGGACAAGGGACCAAGAAUUCGAAUGACCAGACCGUCGAAGUUCAGAACUAAAGCCAUACUUGUUAUAUUCCUCGUGAUUGUUGUUGUCAUUGCUAUAAUACUGGUUGUAGCACUAACGGCUUCAUCUUCGCCUACCUCAACGCAUCCUUUCCACGAUGACGUCACUGCCACCGUCCUCACACAUCAUCAUAUACGUUGCAAGCAUGACCUCAUGAUUGCUCAAGAAGGGGAGACAGGGAAUACCCACUGGAGAAACUAUGAUUCCAGCACCCACGUUUGGAAAUCCAUACCAAACGUCAAGCACACCGGUUUUGUGAUAAUAUCACCAAAGUACGAAUUGCAGCCGGGGUAUCCAGGCAUUCAAGUAUCAAUGCUUCUGCCUCACAAUAGCAGUGAACUAUACAUCAUGGCGGUGACAUCAUCAUUACGUCAUAGCAAGGUUGUAAAAAUGAUACCGGGGUCGAGCCGAUGCAACAGCGUAAUACUCGAAGACAACGAGUUUUUUGAUGGAAACGGGACUACUUUCAGAGUUUACAUAUUUUAUCGACGUCACGUGAUACUGAGGGGAGCAAAAUUUACAGUGACGUCACUUCCUCUCGCUGUUAAAUUCCGAAGUUUCCAAUUAGAGGCAGAGGAAACGAUUAAUCCGAAGUUUGUUCACGUCAAACCGGGUGAUCACGAUAAAUGUUCGGUGGAAAUUGACAACGGUAAAGUUCAGUGUAACUGGUUAAACAUCGAAGACGGAGAUAACGCGAACUUCGAAGCUGUUAGUAGUCACAGUUGUAUCAGCAGCGGUGUUCAAUCAACCGAAUCAGCCACGUGGUUCUUUUCUCUGACGUCAAAGAAUACUCAUCACGAAUACAGAGCUUUGAUAGUAUCACCUGUGAUCGAACGUUCAUCCAAGACUCCUUCAAUUUUACUGACGUUGUGGUAUAUAUUUAAAUGCGAAGACACCCACAUCAAAAUUCAUCUCGUUCCGCUAACAAAAACACAUCGAAACCUGAUUGGGACUUCGUCAGUGGUUGCCGAAAUCACCGACCCAGCGAAUCACAAUGACUGGAAAUUUACGUCCUUUCAAAUAUUAUUACCAGAAGACCACGAGCAGUACCAGAUUGUACUAGAAGGAAUAGUAAUGUCAGAAGGGAAUUGCACAGAGUACGUUUGCACUUCAGAUGGGUAUCAGUAUGGAAGGUUGCGACAACCAAAAGUGCCGAUGAUUGGCCUCGACGCGAUCACCGUUGAACUGAUGCAUGAACAAUGCGAGGCGACAAGCAAACCGAACGUGAUGGACUGCAAAUUCCAGACAGAAGGCGACACAGGAACACUAUGUGAAUGGGAAUCGAGUCUUCCGGAAAUGUAUAGGGGAAUCCCCGGGAUCUUUGAGGCCAACUUCUGGCAGGAUUGGAAAGCGGUUAACAGUGGUGAAGAAGACGACCACGGCGCCACCAGUCAACAUUUCGUAGGCCGAGGUCACAUUAUGUCAUUUGACGCAUCGGGAAGAUCGAAGUCACAAAGUUACGUUAGAACUCCACUACUGAAGGCCAGUAAAAAUUGCUCCUGUGUGAUGUCCUUCAUGUAUCUUAUGAGAGGAAUCCUGACGCCGCGCAUGCAAGUCAAUUUAAUCUUCGGUUCUGAUGUAAAUGAUAACACCCGGUCUCUAGAACCUCAGUGGUCCCUUCUAGGACAUCAAAGUGAACACUGGGAAACUGCCGUCGUCUCGAUAAAUCUCCGGAAAGACUUGCCUUUUCAGAUUGAAUUAAGAGUUCUGGAUGUUUUUGACGGAAGAGGAGACGUUCAUUUUGACGAUAUGUACUUUACUGGCUGUGAUAUGGACAAAUACGAUUCUACAUCAGAAUAGUAACAACUGCAGAAAGUUACAACUAACAUUCAGAAUCAAGACAAAACAAUCUAACAUUUUUGCACAAACUAUAUAGCCCAAUACGAUCGCAAAUCGCAGAAAAUACAGUUUCAGUAAGGUCAAGUGUGUAAUGCGCCGACAAACAACGACCUAUACACGACCAAUGCCCACAAUAGUUCUAUUUUAAUCAGCCUUUCAUAUACGAAGUAGUGGUCUGAGUCCGGAUCAACCAGAACGGAUAUAUAAAUUAGCCCAUUCGAUAAUUCCACUUCUAUUUGGGAAACAAUGACAAUACAAACACUUACGUUAUAGUCAAAAAAGUCGGAUUCAGUUUGCAAACUGAUUUCGGCCUCCACAAAUGGACGCUCGACAACAUUUGAUGUGCAUCGCAUAGGCCUGGAAUACUUUCUCUUCCUACUUUUAUUUUAUUUCUAUUGUUCUUGACUUUGUUCCAUCAUAGUCAAAUAUUAUUAUCGAUUAUGUUUGAGUAUACGUGGCCGAAAACUGUAAUAAUUCAUCCAAACGUUUGUGACUUCGAUAUUAUGUUCUGAGGAAUUUCUGAAAUACCCAGGCUCAACUACCCACUCCGAGGCAAAUAAUGGGAAAACGAUACCUCUAUUGUGAGCCGACUUAUUUGUAACAUAUUUUGUACUGUUAAAUGUGAUUCGGUCGUAGGAACAGUAGCCACAUGAAAUCUGUGAAACAAUGUGCAAAUUGUACAGUAUCAACUAAUGGCAAACUGAUACUUUCCAUGACGCGCAACAAGUCAUUCUCUAACCACGUCCAUAAAUGAUCCACCAUGAAUCGAUAAUGAUAUUUGUCUGCUUUCCAAUCGCGCCUUUAUGUUCCUAGUGUUUCGAUUUUUUUAUCAUUUUUCUGAUACCCAAUGGGUAUUUAUUCCUGAUUCCGUUCGGAAAUGAGAUUUCUUCAAAGAGUUUUUAUUAAUUGAUUAAUUAAAUUCUAGAGAUGAUAUAGACGCAAAUUCUUCAGCACUUCAUUGACUUCAAGACUCUGCUGCACUAGCAGAAGUAGCCCAUGAUGACCCAAUAUAAUAGCUAGGAUCUUUCUUUAUCAAUUUUCAACCGCGUCUCACUUUUAAAUUUUCUUUUCAUAUUUUUUACUGAUUUUGUUAUUUUAUAAUUUUCAACAUCUGACGCAUUAUUCAGUUGCUCAUGCGCGCUGCUUUUACUAUUUUGUUUGAAUUAUUUCGUAAAUUGUUCCCUCUCAACAAGACUUUACAAUCGCGGUUGGUUAUAUAUUGGGAUGAGCCGCCGUGCUGCCACAAGGCAUAUUUUUCGUAUCAAAUUUUAGCCUGUCGAGUCCUUGAAUUUAGCUUACAUGGGAAUGGAUAAUGUGUUUUGAGUUUAAAAGUUAUUGAUUAAAAAUUGCUUGCCACUCUCCUAUCUAUACUAUUUCCAAUUUUGGGUAUGAUAUAGCGCCUUUGCUUUGCCCAAACUCGAAUAAAAAUGUAUCUAGGCAUUGACAGCAGUUAUUAAUAAGUAAUUCCAAAAAUAAAAUAAAAUAACAGUGACUCGACUUUAAGAACAAGUACUCUAGCGUAUUUCACAAUGCCAGUAACUUUGGAUUAUAAAAAUCUCCCCUCCCUAAAUAAAAAAUCUAUUUCUGUAAAAAUAUUGUUCAUGAUAAAUUGCUGAUUGGUCCAAGUACAUGUACGGAUCAUGACAAUGUAUAUUCAAUAUUACCCAAUAAAUACCUCAGAUUUAUAUUUUAUUUCUGUUUUUUUCGCAUUCUUAUUUUCUUCAAUUUUUGUUACUUUGAAUGACAGUGCCCAUUUAUAUAUAAAGUACGUGCGGUUGUGGGUGGACAGAAUAUAUGCCAGAAUACUCGGCAGCGUUUUCCAUGUCCAAAUAUUCCUUGUUUUCAAUUCACAUUAUAUCAAGGUGUGUUUCAUGUGUCGUUACAUAAUUGUUGGUACUGCACAAUACCAGUUAAUACUGUUCUGAUAAACACGUGAAUGCAAGUUAUUUUUUCAUAUUUCAUUAGCAUGACAAAAGUUCCAUUUCAUUUUUCAAUCACAAUAAGAAAUUUUUCAUCGGGCCGUAUUUGUCCACAUAUGACAUAAUAUACAUUGGUUGUAUUUGUAACUAUAAUUUCCCGAGUAUGACGGUAUACAUUUGUGUAUAUAUACCGUCUUAUUUGUACAAAAUAAUUUUGGAAACGUAUCUCAUUGUCAUCACUGCCAUUUACAAAUCUAUUGUAAAUAAAUCUCCCUCAAACGUG